AUGUCGAGUAAGACGGACAACUUGCCCGUGAAGAAAGAAUGCAGUAUACCCGGCAAGCAGGCAUACAGCAUAUGGGGCACAUUGUUUGAGCUAGAUGAGCGCUAUGUCCCAAUAAAGGCAAUAGGCAAAGGAGCGUACGGCGUGGUGUGCUCGGCAAAGAAUGUGGUCACAGGAGAGAAGGUGGCAAUUAAGAAGAUACAGAACGCCUUCGAGAACUUGACAGAUGCCCGGCGCACACUGCGGGAGAUUAAGCUCUUGAGGCACCUCAAACAUGAGAACGUGAUCGCCGUGCGAGACAUUCUGCAGCCAGUAGACAAGGAGAGAUUCAACGAUGUCUACAUAGUCUAUGAGCUCAUGGACACAGACCUGCACCACAUCAUUCGCUCACCGCAGCAACUCACAGAUGACCACUUCCAAUUCUUCAUCUACCAGAUCUUGCGCGGCCUGAAGUACGUGCACACAGCCAAUGUGCUUCAUAGAGACCUGAAGCCCAGCAAUCUUCUGCUGAAUGCGUCCUGCGACCUGAGGAUAUGCGACUUUGGCUUGGCAAGGACCUUGGCGAGGCAAGACAGGUAUUCCAACUACAUGACAGAAUAUGUGGUCACGCGAUGGUACCGCGCACCAGAGCUGCUGCUGUCCUGCUUCCAGUACACUGCCGCCAUCGAUGUGUGGUCGGUGGGGUGCAUCCUGGCGGAGCUGCUGUACCGGAAGCCGCUGUUCCCGGGCAAGGACUACAUCGACCAGCUCAAGCUCAUCAUCAAGAUGCUGGGUUCCCCCUGCGACUCCGACCUCGUCUUUAUCAGCAGCAGCAAGGCCCGUGCCUACAUCAAGGCGCUCCCGUAUGCCCAGAGGUGCCCAUUCAGGGUGAUGUUCCCGGACGCGAGCCACCUGGCGAUUGAUCUGAUGGAGAAGAUGCUGCAGUUCAACCCGGAGCGGCGCAUCACUGUGGAGCAGGCCCUCGCGCACCCCUACCUCGCCCAGAUGCAUGACCCGGCCUCGGAGCUCUCCGCCCCUGACACCUUUGACUUUGAUUUUGAGGAGCAAGAGCUGGUUGAGGCGGCUGUCAGGAGUAAGGUGCUGGAAGAGAUCCAGUUCUACAGCAGCUCUGCCUCCCUGGAGAAGGCAGCGAGAUAA